AUGAAUGGUUUCGAUUCGGCUAAAGACCACAGGUUUCCGGGAAUGAUCCGUGAGAAAUGUAUGAGUUUGUUCAAGGAUCCUGAAUCGGACAAGAUACCUAUUGAUAGGAUCAACCUUUUGAUAAGAUACAUUCUUGUCCUUGCCCUUCACGUGGAUAACUUCAAGACCAACCCAGAAGACAUAGCUAAAGAUCUUAGGAUGAGCAAAGUUGAUGUGAGGAAGCAUUUUGAGAACCUUGGCUGCAAAAUUACGCGUGACAAGUUAAUUGUGCUUGCUACCUUACCGGUACCUCUCAAGUUCCCGGAGAUUACGAGGAAGAGGAGACGAUAG